AUGUCUGAUCAUUUCCAAGACCUGUGGAAGGUCGCCCAAAGGUCAUGGGAAUCAGGCGUUCUGCCCUCUGCGGAGGAUCUGGCUCGAGCUCGAGCAUCGCUUCCCACCACGCUUCCUGAAACCGGAGCUGGGCUUGAAGCUGUUCAAAAGCAUAUUAUGGGCGACAUCGUGCCCGCAUUCAAUGGGGGCAGCCUUAGUCCGAACUACUACGGGUUUAUUACUGGAGGAGUUACGCCAGCUGCGCUUUUCGCGGAUAAUGUGGUAUCCGCUUACGACCAGAACGUCCAGGUGCAUCUACCAAAUCAUUCCAUUGUUACAGAUGUCGAGUACCGAGCGCUAGGCUUACUCGCCGAUCUGUUCCGGCUACCCCGCGAAGAUUGGCACAAUGGGACAUUUACUACCGGCGCCACGGGAAGUAAUAUUCUAGGACUCGCCUGCGGGCGUGAAUUUGUCCUUCAGAAAGCGGCCGAGCGGAAAGGUAGCCCGAUUAGCAGUGUGGGAGAACAUGGCUUGUUCGAGGUCCUGCAUGCUCUGGGUCUUUCCGGUGUGCAAGUUCUGUCAACUCUUCCACAUUCAUCUCUGGUCAAAGCAGCCGGCGUGCUAGGGAUCGGUCGUGCCAACGUCCGAGAUAUAUCUCGAGCAGAUGACCCACUCAAGUUUGAUUUGGAGAUUCUAGAAAAAGAGCUCGCUCGACAAGACAAAGUGAGCAUUGUUGCAAUCUCGAGUGGCGAGGUGAACACUGGCCGCUUUGCAACUUCGGGGCUAGAGCAAAUCCAGCAAAUUCGCAGCCUGUGUGAUAAGUAUGGUGCCUGGAUUCAUGCGGACGGUGCUUUUGGUGUUUUCGCGCGCGUUCUGGAUGAUAGCCCGGAAUUUGCGACUGUGAAGAAUGGAGGCGCUGGUCUCGAAUUGGUGGAUUCUAUCACUGGCGAUGGCCACAAGCUACUCAAUGUCCCUUACGAUUGUGGUUUCUUCUUCGUUCGCCAUCCGGAUCUGCCAUUUAACGUCUUCCAGAAUGCGAACGCGGCUUAUUUAAACGCAGGCCCUUCUUCAGGUCCUUCAAUUCCAUCGCCCCUUAAUAUCGGACUUGAGAACUCCCGUCGGUUUAGGGCACUUCCGGUGUACGCAUCUUUGCUGUUUUAUGGACGAGAUGGGUACCGGCAGAUGCUUGAACGUCAAAUUCGGCUUGCGAGGGCUGUCUAUAAGUGGAUCUAUGACCACCCGGCGUACACAGCUCUCCCUGUGGCAUCAUCUAAAGCGGAACUAGUGGACCAGACCUUUAUGUCUAUCUUAUUCCGAGCCAAAGACGAUGGCUUGAACGGAGAGUUAUCGAGCAAGAUCAACGCGACCUCUCAGAUAUUUGUCUCUGGAAGUAGCUGGGCAGGAGCCCCAGCGACUAGAAUGGCCAUUUCAAACUGGCGGGUUGAUGUAGACCGAGACCUGGCUAUUGUGACCAAGGUUCUCGAUCGAGUGGCUCAGUAG